AUGCACACGAGCGAAACCGUCAACGACAACCACGUCGGCAUCGAUUCGAAUGCCUUCCGCUCCAACUCCUCUGCCCCUGUGGCGUACUUCGCCGGGGGUUCGAAGAUCGAUCUCAAUCUCAUGUCCGGCAAGUCGAUCGUGGCGUGGAUCGACUAUGAUUCCGGCACGAAUCUCGUCAACGUCACCAUCCCGCCGUCAUCAACAAAAUCCCUAACCCCUCUCCUCUCCUACAGAAUAGAUCUGUCUCCGAUUCUACACGAAACUACGUUCGUCGGAUUUUCCGCCUCCACAGGCCUGUUCGCAAGCUCCCAUUUCGUGCUUGGAUGUAGCUUCACAACGAUCGAAAAAGAUCCGCCAUUGGAUUUACGUUCCCUGCCUUCAAUCCCAGAGACCAAAAAUUAA